AUGCGUGGAAAAGAGGUCAUACCUGCAGAGGAGCACGCUGCUAAGAUAGCAUCAGCAAGAGACGCUAUUGGAGAUUCUGACUUUUUCCUCAUCGCUAGAACAGAUGCACGUGCUCUGUCUGCAAAAACAGGCCUUUCAGACGCCAUUGACCGUGCUAAUCUCUACAUGGAGGCAGGAGCUGAUGCUUCCUUUGUUGGGCACCAAGAGACGACGAUGAGCUUAAGAAAAUCGGAAAAGCGCACAAAAGGUUACAGACUAUGUAACAUGCUUGAAGGUGGAGGCACACCAUUGCAUACACCUGAUGAGCUUAAAGAAAUGGGUUUUCAUUUGAUCGCUCACCUGCUUACCUCACUCUAUGCAUCAACUCGUGCUCUUGUGGACGUCCUCAAGAUCCUCAAGGAAAAAGGAACAACUAAAGAUCAUUUGGAAAAAAAGGAUUACUUUCGAGGAGUUUAA